UUUUAAAGCGCGAGACGGCAUAAGCGCUGUCACUUUUGAUGCUGAACGAGACAGGCUUACGAGUUCCCGUCGUCUCGUUCAUUUGUCCCCCUUUUCGUUUCCCCUUUUCACCUCGUCGACAACCCAUCAUCCUUUAAUUUCUUCUUCUUUUUUUUUUUUACAUCGUACCGUCACUUACACAGCCUCUUAUCGACAUGUACCGUUAUUUCGGGGAGCUACUGAUGCGCGGAGCGGGCAACGCUCUGGCCUCGGGAAGUGUCGAAUCCGCUCUGCCGGCUUCCUCGUCUUUACUGAGGGUGCGUCACUACAGCGAUGCCGCAAACACGGAAGACGACCCGAACUUCUUCAGGAUGGUGGAGGGCUUCUUCGACCGAGGCGCUGCUAUCGUCGAAAACAAGCUGGUGGAGGAUAUAAAGACCCGGGAGACACCGGAGCAGAAGAGAAACCGUGUGCGGGGAAUCCUCCGGAUCAUCAAACCCUGCAACCACGUCCUGAGCGUGUCCUUCCCCAUCAAGAGAGACAACGGAGAAUGGGAGGUUAUCGAGGGUUACAGGGCGCAACACAGUCAACACAGAACUCCCUGCAAAGGGGGUAUCCGAUACAGCAUGGAUGUGUCUGUGGAUGAGGUUAAAGCUUUGGCCUCUUUGAUGACAUACAAAUGUGCUGUUGUGGAUGUGCCGUUUGGUGGAGCUAAAGCUGGAGUGAAAAUCAACCCCAGGACUUACUCUGAUAAUGAGUUGGAGAAAAUCACAAGAAGAUUCACCAUUGAGUUGGCCAAAAAGGGAUUCAUUGGACCUGGCAUUGAUGUACCCGCCCCUGACAUGAGCACCGGUGAGAGAGAGAUGUCCUGGAUUGCUGACACCUAUGCUAACACUAUUGCCCAUACUGAUAUCAAUGCCCAUGCCUGUGUGACUGGUAAACCCAUUAGCCAGGGUGGUAUCCAUGGGAGAAUCUCAGCCACUGGACGUGGUCUUUUCCACGGCAUUGAGAACUUCAUCAAUGAAGCCUCCUACAUGAGCAAGCUGGGCCUGACCCCUGGAUUUGCUGACAAAACCUUUAUUAUUCAGGGUUUCGGUAAUGUGGGUCUGCAUUCCAUGCGUUACCUUCACCGUUACGGUGCCAAAUGUGUGGGAAUUGCUGAGAUUGAUGGUAGCAUCUGGAACCCCAAUGGCAUGAACCCCAAAGAGCUGGAGGACUACAAACUGCAACAUGGCACCAUUGUGGGCUUCCCCAACUCUCAGCCCUACGAGGGAAACAUUCUGGAAGCACAGUGCGAUAUCCUCAUCCCUGCUGCUGGAGAGAAACAGCUGAACAGAAAGAAUGCUCACAAUAUCAAAGCUAAGAUUAUUGCCGAGGGAGCUAACGGUCCCACUACACCAGAUGCUGACAAGAUUUUCUUGGAAAAGAACGUCAUGGUCAUUCCAGACAUGUAUCUGAAUGCUGGAGGUGUGACAGUCUCCUACUUUGAGUGGCUGAAGAACCUGAACCAUGUCAGCUAUGGCCGCCUGGCCUUCAAAUACGAGCGGGACUCCAACUACCAUCUGCUCAUGUCUGUGCAAGAGAGUCUUGAGAGGAAGUUUGGAAAGCAGGGUGGCCCCAUCCCUAUCGUCCCCACAGCUGAUUUCCAGGCCCGAGUAGCUGGAGCCUCUGAGAAGGAUAUUGUGCACUCUGGUCUUGCCUACACCAUGGAGAGGUCGGCCAGGCAAAUUAUGCGCACAGCGAACAAGUACAACCUGGGAUUGGACCUGAGGACAGCAGCCUAUGUCAACGCCAUUGAGAAGGUCUUCAAGGUGUACAAUGAGGCUGGACUAACCUUCACAUAAGUGACCUGAAAUUCCCUCUGCAAAAAGAAGACAAAAACAUCCAUUCUCUCUUGAUUCUCCCUCCACAAUCUUUUUAACAGAUCAGAGUUUACAUCAGGCAAACCCCACAAAAUCCCUCCUUUAAUAUAAUGUCAUCACUCUGUCAUAGUCCAAAAGCACCAUCCUCUUGAUUUUUCAAGAACUCUAAAGCUGUUUAUUAUAUACUGAGACUGCAGGUUUUACCACUUUGCUGUACACUUUUUAGCCUAAAGUCUCAAAACAGAAUAAAUCCGGUUUCUCAAGGAUCUCUUGUUAAAAUUUUUAUUUUGUCCCUGAUUUUUGUAUUGAUCUGUGGUUAAAUAAUGUGGUCCUUUGCAAAAAUGCAGCUGUAGCACUCAAUUUUAAAUGUAUGUUGUGUUGUCCUGACCUUGCUUCCUCUCACAACAUUCAACUUGUGUUUUUGUCAUUUAGCGGUAAGUUUUAUUUUUUCUUAAUGUUUGUGGUUGUAAACCAUUUAAAUUGUUAUCAAAACCAUAAUGAAAGACAGCCCAAACAUGCCUUACACCUGUGAGCAAUUUUAUACUCUGAAAAAUUACAUUUUGUCAUUGUAAUUCAUGCAGUACAUCACACAAAGAGAAACCCAGCCAUUGUUUUUGUCUCCUCAGUGUUUUCUCCUAGAUAUAUAAUUAAUUUCUUGCUCAAAUUGUGCAGCACAUUUUGAUAAAGAUUUUGUUUGUAUCAAUGUGAGUCUCUGUCCCCAUAGCUUGUAAAGAUCUGUUCUGCUAGGUGUAAAUGUGUGGCGAAUGUUAAACCUAGAGGACCCGGCGCACUUAGCUAUGCUUAAACGCGAGCAUGCAUAUCUGAAACUUAAGUCUUGGAAAUGUAUAAUGCCUUUUUUGUUGAGAAUAAAAGAA